GCUGGCAUAGGGCGGAAGAGAUAGCAUAGGAGAGAAAGAGAGAAAGAAAGAAAGGGGGGCUCUGUGCUGCUGUUGCGACUGAGAAACUCCCGAGAGCCGCCAGUGGAGAGAUAGGAGUAAAGCGAGGAGGCGCUGUUGGUAGGAACUGCAGCGGCAGCAGGGGGAGGCGGCUCCGACCACCGACAGGGACACUGACUCCAGCAUGUACUCCCAGUGCCAACUCCUCCUGCUCCACAAAUCCUACUUCCAGCGAGCCGGCAACAGGCUCGCACUGCUACCCCUGUGCCGUCUGUGAUUAUAACCUGUGAUCUUUGCUGGAGGAGAUUGCAUGGAAGAACAUAAAAGCCCCAGGUGACUGGAAAUACACCCCCCCUUUUUGUGAUUUCUUCUGACAGGCGAGCAUCAGGAGCAAGGAGCAGUGACGGGAAAGCGCCUUCUCCCUCCCUCCCCCCAGAAGCUCAGUUGUAAUGGUAAAUAUGAAUCGAAUGGAGAGCGCAUAAUCAAUCAAGAGUGAAAAGUUUCUGCAGGCUGGUUGCUGCUUUUCUAAGUAUUUCUGUGCUUUUUUUGAAGAAAAACGCUCCUGACAUUUUAAAGGAAUUUUAGCUGCAUUUGUUUUGCUAAACCAUAAAGGGAGAGAGAAAAGAAACAUUGUGGAAAUGCGUGCGAGCAUCUUGCAGUCUGCCAUUGAGGUGGUGUUGUGUUUGAAGGAAUGGUGCUAAGUGAAAUGCACUAGUCCAGACGCUGUUUCUGCGGAGAAACAGAGCAGCCGGGCAGACACCAGGAUUUUGUCUUUCCCUCCGAGCAAGUUUCAUUGCAAAAAUAAAAAUUGCAUUUUGGAGUCUUUUAUCGGAGUAUUUCAUCUGUGUGUAAAAAGAGAGGUGGGGGUGGAAGGAUGCACCCCAGCGUGUACAGAGCAAAAGUCGAGAAGCAGAAAGGGAGACACAACUCUGUGACUGUGGAAGUGUUUCUGCAGGGAGGCGCUCCCUGGGGAUUCAGUCUGAAAGGUGGCCUUGAACAUGGGGAGCCGCUGAUCAUCUCCAAGGUUGAGGAAGGAGGGAAAGCGGACUUGCUAACAAGCAAACUGCAGGUGGGGGAUGAAGUGGUCAAUAUCAAUGAUGUGGAGCUGAGUGGCUACAGACAAGAAGCCAUCACUCUGGUGAAAGGUUCCUACAAGACCCUGAAGCUGCUCAUUCGCAGGCAGACUGAACUGACAGCCCGACCUCACUCCUGGCAUUCUACAAAAUUAGUGGAAAACCAACCAGACUCAAGCAUGAUGCAAAUAUCUCAGGGCACGAUCAGCACUCCUUGGCACCAAACCUACCAUUCUAGUUCUUCCACGAGUGACCUCUCUGGCUAUGAUCCCGGGUAUCUGAGGAGGAGUCCGGAUCAGUACAGCUCGAGGGGUAGUAUGGAGAGCCUGGACCACACCAACCCUCCGUAUCAUUCCUGCAGCUUGUCACCAUCCAAAUCCACUAAUAGCAUCGAUCAGCUUUCCCACCAUCAUAGCAAAAGGGAUUCUGCCUAUAGCUCCUUCUCGACCAGUUGUAGUAUUCCUGAAUAUCCAGCUGCACCCUUCCGGACUGAACGUUCCUAUUCCAUGGAAAACAUGCCUUCCAGGAAUAGUCUCCAUGAAGGAAUCAGACAAGCCGACAUAAAGUAUGUAAAAACAGUUUAUGAUUCCCACAGAGGAAUUUCUGAGGAGCAUGAGGUUAGCUGUCCUUCGACAAAGAGCUCAAAUAGCCGAGCCCAGAUGGAUGCCAGGAGCUAUUAUAAGUCCUACAGUGGUAACAGACACAGUAUUGGGCCAGUAUGGAAUACCCCGAGUAGGAGCUCUUUUGAGGCAGAUAAUAAAGCACCUCCUCUUCCACCAACCCGCAGUGACAGUUUCAUGGCAAUCAGAAGUCAUGAGAAACCUACCUCCUGGUCAAGUCUAGACGGACAGGCCAAGCCUGUUCGACCUCAGCCAAAGGGAGCACGGCCUCACCAUAUCAACACAGGUUCCUCUGGGCAAACCCACCCACUGAAGUCAGCAUUUUUAGAAGGACAACUCAAUACAGUAUUGGAGAAGAGCCCUGAAAGUAGCCCAGCUGUUCAGCCGAAGCACAGUUACACUCAAGCACCACAACCAGGUCAAGCAAUGCUGCCAACUGGAAUUUACCCAGUGCCUCAGCCUGAACCACAGUAUGCCCAGGCACCGACCACCAGCACAAACUGUCUGCAUCAAAACAGUAAUAACGGGUUAUUCUACCCUGCCCUAAGUAGAGAAAAUACACACAGUGCUCAGAAUUCAACUGAAAGGACUAAAUGUACUCCGUGCAAUGUAGAGGAAAGCAAAAACCAAAGCACUGUCAAUAAACCAGCUCUUUACCAAUCCAGCGCUAUAAACUUUGAUUCUAACAGUGAAUAUGAAAUGAACUCGGAACAUCCAGACGGACAGUAUACCCACUACAAGGUGCAUGUCUUCUCUGAUUCAAAAUGCUUUCCUGAUACAGUGCCUCCUGAUGGAGGCCCACUGCCUUGUCACAGUUCCCCAGCCAGUGCCAGCGUGACCGAUGCACAGUACCGUUGUAGAAAUAUCGAACCUCCACAAGCACAGCAGAGAAGGCAAAGCAGUGAGAAAGGCUCAGCCAAUCAGCAAGCUGAGAACUGGCAAGAAAGAGGUCAAACGGAUGGAGACGUUGGUCAGAGGAAAAUUGAAAGGGAAAAUCAUCCAGUUCAGAUGCAGGAUGAGAACAGAGACCAACAAGGCUCGCCUUUGUGGCAGAACCACCCAGAGAGCAAAAUGGUCCACCGUAGGCAACAAAGUUUGGACGCAAAAGCGUUACAGCAGUGGGAAAGUUACAAUGAUAGCCGAUCAUCCCAAAAAUGGGAUCUGGACUGCAAAGAGCAGGUUCCUGAACCACGGAGUCACUAUGAAAGGCAAUUGUGUCUGAAACGCUACAGUGACAUAAUCAAUACAUCUCCAUAUUCACAGCCAGCGUACGAAGAGCAGACUCAGUGCCAAGAGCAGCAUAAUAAAUCUAAUUUCAGCAGGUCAAGGUUCAGUACCAGUAGCACCCAAGGUUCCCAGAGUGGUCACUUUGGAAAGCCUGAAAUGACAAAACGUUCCUCUGUGCUUGAGACUGUCAAUAAGAUCGAGCAACGUGAGCACAACAGUGAGAAGUUUCCAAACAACCGACGCCUGCACUACAGUUCAGACUCUUUAAUGUCAGGCCACAAUUCCAGUGCCAGAAGUUCACUUAACUGCCUGGAUGAUAUGAACAACAGAUACAGUGUCGCAGAAGGGCAGCCAGCAAAGCAGCCAUCAACUUCAAUGAGCAACCUAAUAACUGCAGACAAGACCCCUAUCCUGCAUCACUUGACGUGUGAGAACAGAGAAGCCGGCACUAAAGUAGAGGAGCUGAGACGUCAGGAUGGUGAGCUGCAGCUUCCUGCUAAAUCUGCACAGAAGAGCAAACGUGCUUCACUUCCCAUCCAAAACAAGGGAGGCCAGCUCAGCAAGAGCAGAAGUUCUAUCCAGUUGAUGGAUAAAGGUGAGGAGGACACCUUGUGGGAAGAUGACCUCUCAGGCUCUCCCCCUGAUAACGCCUUUAACCGAGCUUACCGAAACAGUCUGAAGGACGCUCAGAGCAAGGUACUGAGGGCCACUUCUUUUCGACGUAAAGACCUGGAUUUAACCUCCCCGUAUGUGAACAAACCAAGCAUUCCUGCCAGACCCGCUUCGGCCCAUGUUGGCUCAGUGUCUCAGCCAAAGCUCUUGCACGUACCAAAGGAAAGGCAUUGCCUCACACCUACAGAAGUGAGGAAUCCGAACCCGGACUUCAGCAGCAAAGAGCUUCAAAACAGUCACCACGUCGCACGUAUCGGAAACAGGAAACGCUUGACGGCGGAGCAGAAGAAGCGAUCUUUUUCUGAGCCGGAAAAGAUUAAUGAGCUGGGAGUGUCAGAUAGCGAAAUCUCAUUUGCUGCUCAACAUAAACCAGAUCGAGCAUUUACUUUUCCCGAGGCCACGGAACUGCAGUCUGUGGCGGACAGGCGGAGGCUGUUCGAAAGAGAAGGAAGGACCUUGUCCACCGUGAACCUCUCCAAGCCUGAACUGAAGCAGAUCCAACAGAACGCACUCGCCGAUUAUAUUCACCGGAAAACCGGCAAAAGGCCGUUCGUGCAGGAAACGGGCGUGGUGAAGGAGCGAUCGCAGAGCGUUUACCUGCAACCGAGCAGAUCUGAUGAUCAGAGCCUUUCCUCCUGCUCAAGUAUGAGCUCACUGCUUGACCAGAGCGUCUACGGUCGCCAGCCUCUGGAUAGAUUGCCAGAGACCGCUCGUGUUUCCUCAACGCUCCCCCCUGGACUUCCGGGCAACUUUGAUUUAUAUAGCAGUGUACAUCAGGCUGACAACAGAGCCUCGCUGAACCGGUACAGAAUGAACAUGGAGCGCUCAUACGGCUCAGAAUUAACACUGAACAAAAUAGCUCCUCAGGAACCAGUCCGACCUUCUAAUCACUCCCAUCAAAAUCAAUCCCACCAUCAACAACAGCUGGCAUUCGAUAGGCAGUCAUCUGCCAGGAAUUCUGGAAAGUUUGCAUCUGCUGACAACCUACUGGAAAGAUCGGAAAACCCGGUGGCAGUCCACAUUCGGUCAAGAUCGUCACCGUCAACUGAAAUGAUCUCUGAGGAUGUUCUCUAUGCCAUGAAAAGACCUUUUGGCACCAGCACAAAGGAUUCUUCCUUCUCUAAGUUGAUGGGCACUGACUGUAUGGGCAGCAUCCAUGGUGUACUAUCAACAUCUGGUUCAAGAAUGCAACAAGUGUCCAGACCACAGCGUUCCGACUGCGGGCAACAGCUAGUGAGGGCAGCAUCACAAGACUGGUCUUAUGGCAAUGUAGGAAUAGACUGCAAAAGCAAGACUGCAGGAACACAUCUUCCAGCUGGUUAUGAGAAGGAGCCAAAGCCCAUGGCAGGAAGCAGACGGCCCAGUCGGAACGAGAAGCAAAAACCACGAGAAGGUUACCGGCCUAGAAGCACCUCCAGCCUCAGUCAACUGACCAGCACUGGCCGACACAGCCAUCGCUGUGCCAGUGAUAACUCACCAGUGGGCAAAGCAGCUUCGGAACAACACGGCAAAUCCUUCCCAAGAGUUCAUGAAGCUAUCAGCAGCAAACCAGCAACAGCAGGUCCGGAGUCCUUUCUAAACUACCAGCCAGAAGGAAUUACUGCUGAAAUAGCAUCAAAGAAGAAGACUGUGCCACCUCAGAGGCCUCCAGCUCCUAAAAUGAAAUGGGUCAAUUCAAUUCAUGACGACAACACAAAGCAGAGCCUAUUUCCCCCUCACGUUGCUGGGUUAACCUUCAAACAGUCUGAACAGGGGCAGGGUCCUGGCACAGCCAGCAGCUGGACCUGGGAGUCCGAGGUACCACCAGCAAGACCACAUUCACCACAGCCCAGCGGGCAAUUAUCAUCUUCUCCACUGCGCCUCAAGUCAUCUUCGUCGUCUUUUGCAGAGGAGGAUGAUGUGUUUAUCCAAGAUCUUGAACAGCAGGCCCUUAUCACCCAUUUCCACCCACCUCACCUUCCUCCUGUGCUACCACCUCCACCUCCACAGGAUCCCACACCCUUUCCAAGGGUUAGAGACGAGGAUUUUCCACCACCGCCUUCUCCCGUUAGUGUUGGCGAUCAGGCGGAGGAGCUGUUUCACAGGAAGGAGGGCGGAGCUAUGGCCAGGUUUCCAGACAAAGAUGCCGCAAAGAACAAGUUUCCGGCAAUGACCUAUACAGAGAGAAGUGACCAUACAAACCAGCCCUGCAGCUGCAAUGUUUCUACAGUGAAUGGUGAGCUGGGAAGUGCAUCAAUGAUCACCCCAGCAGCCGCAGAACAGACCCACACAACCCAAAUUGUGCAGCGCAGUAACCAGAGCUGGGAUACUUCAUUUGUUCAAACACAAAAGACUGCCACAAGCCAAGAACACUUGGACUGCGAACAUUCUCCUACGUCACUGGAAGUAAAUGAGAAGUCUCCCGAAGACCUCAAGUCCGAAGAACUUGCGAAGGAGAUCAUUGGCAAAGACAGGUCUUUGGCAGAGAUUUUAGAUCCAGACUCAAAUAUGAAGACAACCAUGGACCUAAUGGAGGGCAUUUUCCCCAGAAGCAGCACAGUGAGGCAGCAGACACAACACAGAAAGCCAAGGUUACAAAAAGUCAUUGACAAAUCUGUAUCAGAAGAAGAAAAAAAAGAAGAAAGAAAGACAGGAGCAAUUUCAGCACAUUGUCCCACUUACUACAACACAUCAGCUGUCAAAGCUGAACUAAUAAAUAAAGUAAAGGACAUGCAGAGAAAUUCUACAGAAGAGGAGGAAGUUGAAGAACCAGAUAUCAACGAGAAGAAGUCUGAGCUAAUUGAAAGCAUAACAUGCAAACUUCAGACACUACGGAAAGCCAAGGAGAGCCUAGCAGCUGACAUUAAAUUGAACAGUGCUCUGGGUGAAGAAGUGGAGACCAUGAUUAAAGGGCUGUGCAAGUCAAAUGAGUAUGAGAAGUACAAGAUGUUCAUUGGAGAUUUGGAUAAGGUUGUUAACUUGCUGCUUUCCCUGUCUGGCCGUUUAGCUCGUGUGGAAAAUGUCCUGAAGACUCUCGAUGAAAAUGCAAAUACUGAGGAACGUAAUCUGUUGAAUGAGAAGCGGAGACUUCUGACCAGUCAGCACGAAGACGCAAAGGAACUGAAGGAGAAUUUAGAUCGUAGGGCACGUGUGGUCCUGGAUAUCCUGGAGAACUACUUGACAGAAGAGCAAUUCCAAGACUACCAGCACUUUGUGAAAAUGAAGGCAGCACUGCUGAUGGAGCAGCGCGAGCUGGAUGACAAGAUCAAGCUGGGUGAGGAGCAGCUCAAAUGUUUGUUGGAGAGCUUACCUGCUGACUUUGUAUCACAAAGGACAGCUCAUUCACUUGCCAGUCACCCAGAGCCUGACACCUCGCAAGCAAAACUUACCUCUUCACUUUAAAAGGAAAAUGUAAGAGUUUUUUUUUCAAAAAUUCAGGUUUUAAUAGUAAAUCACUCAGAAACAAGAGUGAGGAGGGAUUUGUGGAUGAAGAAGAUGGCAUGUUUAAAUUGCUUUCAAAAUCUGUGUAUUUAUGAAACAAUGGCUAGCAAUUUUUGGGCACAAGAUGGUCCUGUGGGAGCUUAUUACCAGCAAAUCUGCAACAGCACAAAACUUGAAAAUGCUUCUGAGGCAUCUUGAGAAUCUUUUCAAAAGUGAUGUUAGAGAUACCUUUUAAAAACCCCUUCAAAGGAGAAUGGCACAACAAGAAGUCUCUGCUUGCAACUUAUUUUAAAAUCAAAAGAAAGCAUUUUUGUAGCCUUUCCAAUAACAUCAGAGCGUAACUACUAUUUAUAAUUUUGAUGUGUAAUUUUGAUCUGUACAUAUGCUAACCUCUUAUGGUUCCCCUUUGUUGUGUAGGGAAAAUAAUCUAAUUUUUGUAAGAAAAUAACUUUUGGAGAAAAGAAAGCAGACUAUGAUCACAAAAUGUGAUUGCAGUCUUGUGCGAUUUUGUUUUUUUUAUAUAUUGUUCAUGAUGAAGGACAUGGGACCACCAGGAAUAGAGAAAGCUGCAGUUUGGAAUAAGUUUAGAAUGGUACAUGUUGACGAUUGACUGAUUUUUCCAAAUUAAGUUUGGGCGAUGCUCAACUUUUAUGUCAUGAAGUACAGUUCAAACUAUCAAUAAUUCACUUUUCAAAUGAUGUUUAUAAACUUCAAUUUAUAUAUAUAUAUAUAUGCAUUUUUGUCCAAGUUUUUGGCAAUUGCGUGCGAGACAUGACCCCCAGUCAGUGGGUAAUCAUCCUUCUUACAGCUGGUAGACCUCAAUAAUCACUAAAGGAUAUUUAGCAUGGGUGACCAUGUAGGAAAGCAAACAUCCUUCAGUGGGCCCAAUAUUUAUAUCUCGGUUGGAUUCAAUUGAAAAUACAAUUCCAGAUGACCGAAGUCUGUGGAAAAAUUAGAAUGUGUUUGCCACCGAAGUAUUCUCCGUGAAUGAAGGAAAUUCAUGCAAGUACACUAUUAUCCAAACUUACCCUUUUUCUGAGUGUUCCUGUCCCUGUGUGUGUGAUGUGAUGUGAUGUGAUUUUAAAUUGUAGUAUUGGAAAUGCAGUUUACAGUGCAAAAGUGCACAGCUCCACCCACAGAGCUCUAUUUGUGUGGUUUUGCUAAUGCAUUGUUUCUGUUAGUAAUAAAGGGUUUUCUAACACUUGCUUUUAUUCCUUUUUAAAACAUUCAUUUUUCAUAUUCUGACUUCUCAAUGUAUUGAGCUGUGCGUAAACCACUGUACAUAAUACUAACUUUCUGAACAGUAGUUGCUGGCAUAAAUUAAGAGUAUUCAUUUCUCAGCCUCCGUCAGAUCUGGGUUUUAGUAUUUUUUAAGCUUUGCUGUACUUGACGAUAUGUUGCUGUAUGGAUAAUUGCUCGUUCUUGAUUGUAAUGCCAAGUAUUUUUUUAAUCGGAGUGUGAAUUCAGCCACCACUCGCUAUGGUCACAGCUUUCCAUAGCCAUUCUGAGUCUUUGUCCAACCAGUGAUGUGAAACACACUGCAUGGCUUCUCACAAAUCAGCCAUUUGUAUGGUAUGUGAAAUAAAUUAAAAGGAGCUUGCUGUACUUCUCACAGUCAAAUGUUUUGAUGAGAUGUGUUUUCAAACAGAAAUCAUGACAUUGAAGCUUGUAAACCACUUACUGCUGCAGACAAUAAAGAUGAUGUGUGUCAGCAAA